AUGGCUAACAACAAGAUCUUGAUCCUCGGCAGCGGCAUGGUCGCCAAGCCAUGCGUCGAUUACUUGCUCCGAAGCUCCAACAACAACCUCACAAUUGCCUGCCGUACCCUCUCUACCGCUCAGAAACUCGCAGCGGGACGCUCUCGCACCAAUGCUAUCGUACUCGAUGUUGCUUCUCCGGAACUUGACCGUCGUGUUGCAGAACAUGACCUCGUCAUAUCCCUUGUACCAUUCGUCUACCAUGCCGACGUCGUCAAAUCGGCUAUCAAGGGUAAAACUAAUGUAGUCACCACGAGCUACGUGUCUCCCGCUAUUCGAGCCCUUGAGGAUGAGGCCAAGAGGGCCGGUAUCACCGUGCUGAAUGAAGUUGGUGCCGAUCCUGGUGUUGACCACUUGUAUGCCAUCAAGACCAUCGAUGAGGUCCAUGAAAAGGGUGGAAAGAUCCUCGAGUUCUACUCGUACUGCGGUGGCCUCCCUGCACCUGAGGCAUCUGACAACCCAAUGCGUUUCAAGUUUUCUUGGUCACCUCGCGGUGCUCUUCUUUCGCAGUUGAACUCUGCUACUUUCCUGAAGGACGGAAAGAUUGUCGAAGUUCCCAACAAGGAUCUCAUGAAUGCAGCAGUCCCGUAUCAUGUCGUUGACGGUUACUCGUUCUUUGCAUAUCCCAACAGAGACUCCGCUUCGUUCCGUGAGGCCUACAAGAUCCCCGAAGCCCAUACGGUCAUUAGAGGCACUCUUCGAUACGAAGGCAACCCGGCCAUGGUCAAGACCCUCAUUGAGCUUGGUUGGCUUGACGCAACCAGCAAGGGCUGGCUCCAGGAUGGGAUGUCCUGGGCCAUGAUCCAGCAAAAGGCCACUGGAGCUGCUUCUACCAGCGAAGCUGAUCUUGUAGCCAAGGUGGAUGAGAUUUGCUCUUUCCCCAACCCCGACCAACGUGACAAGAUCUUGGCUGGCCUCAAGUGGAUUGGUCUCUUCUCAGACGAGAAGCCUACUAUCCACGAUAACCUCCUUGACACACUCUCAACUCAACUUGGGAAACUCUGCAGCUACCAGCCCCAUGAACGUGACCUGCUAAUGCUUCAGCACAAGUUCGUCGUCGAGUGGAAGGACGGCAACAAGGAUACGAUCACAUCUACCCUUGAGCUGUUUGGAGAGCGUGGCGGCUGCUCGGCCAUGUCCAAGGCAGUUGGGUUGACCUGCGGAAUUGCCACCCAGCUGCUCCUUGACGGUCAUCCCGCCUUCAAUGUUCCAGGUGUACUGGCUCCCUAUUCUCGAGAAAUUUGCGACCCAAUCCGGUUCAAGGUUGAAGCUGGGGGUAUCAAGCUUGUUGAAAGAGUUCUCUAG